CUUGUUUUGAUGAGUUUGACAUUAGUCUUUGUUAUGACGGUCAUUUUAAUAAAAUUUGAUGAUUAACAUUGAAUCGCGAUUCAAAAACUCGAGAAAAGCGAUCUUCUUAGAUUUGUGCAACUAUUAUUGACCAACAUUAUGGCCUUCGCCACGAACGACGUGUCCAUCGGCGACUCGGAACCGCGCGAGCUACUCUUCGACAGGCACGUCGAGUACAUCGCCAACCACGGUAACGACAAAAACGACUACGAGUACUGCAUGACGGAGUUCCUGCGGAUGUCCGGCAUCUACUGGGGCGUAACAGGGCUGGACCUGAUGGGCCAGCUCGGUCGCCUCAACCGGGACGAAAUCGUGGACUUUAUCCGCAAGUGCCACUGCCCGGUGAGUGGCGGAGUGGCGGCCUGCGAGGGCCACGAUCCGCACAUUCUGUACACGCUGAGUGCGGUGCAGAUUCUGUGCAUUUACGAUGCGCUGGACGAGGUGGAUACGGGCGCGAUUGCGCGGUACGUGGGCUCGCUGCAGCAGCUCGACGGAAGCUUCUUCGGGGACAAGUGGGGCGAGGUGGACACGCGCUUCUCGUUCUGUGCGGUCGCGAUUUUGAGCUUGAUUAACAAAAUGUCCGUCAUCAACCUGGACAAGGCGGUCGACUUUGUGAUGUCGUGCUGCAACUCGGACGGCGGCUUCGGCUCGAAACCCAACGCCGAAAGCCACGCCGGCCUGAUCUACUGCUGCGUCGGUUUCCUGUCCAUCACGGAUCAACUGCACCGCCUCGAUUGCGAGAAGCUAGCCUGGUGGCUCUGCGAACGGCAGCUGCCCAGCGGAGGUCUCAACGGCCGGCCGGAGAAGCUGCCCGACGUUUGCUACUCGUGGUGGGUGCUGGCCUCGCUCACCAUCAUGGGCCGCCUUCACUGGAUCAGCGCCGAAAAGCUGGAGCGUUUUAUCCUGUCCUGCCAGGACGGCGAGACGGGAGGCUUCUCGGACCGCACCGGAAACAUGCCGGACAUUUUCCACACCCUGUUCGGGUUGGGGGCGCUGUCGCUGCUCGGGGACGAUCGCCUCCGGAAGGUGAACCCGACCUUUUGCAUGCCGCAGUACGUCAUUGACCGGUGCAAGGUCCAACCGAAGACGAUCGUUCUGUAGGUAGACGAAGGGUGGAAAACGGCACCAAAAAAGACCAACACUCAUGAUUAUGUUUUCACGACACAGAGAUCUUUUUAUUUUUGAUCGAUGCUACUAUUCCAUUUACUGUGUUUAAAUAUUAUGUUUCCUUUUGUUAUCAAGUAAUAAAACAAGCUUCUCUGCACAA